AUGAAAUACCUCGCUGCUUACCUUUUGCUCGUUGCCGGUGGCAAUGCCACUCCCGCUGCCGCUGAUAUCAAGAACCUUUUGGGCUCUGUUGGUGUCGAAGUUGAGGAUGAGCGCGUUGCCGCUUUGACCAAGGCUCUCGAGGGCAAGUCUGUCGAGGAGGUUCUUGCUGAAGGCAAGGAGAAGCUUGCUUCCGUUCCUACUGGUGGUGCCGUUGCUGCUGGUGGUGCCGCUGCUGGUGGUGCUGCUGAAGAAGCCAAGGAAGAGGCCAAGGAAGAAGAGAAGGAGGAAUCUGAUGAAGACAUGGGCUUUGGUCUUUUCGACUAA